AAGAACUUCAAAUUGUCGGCAUCCCCAAAUCUCUCUCACGUAAAUCUCCGGAAACUCCAAAAGCGAAAACAUUACGAGCUCGAUUUGUAAUAAAAGAGAAGAAGAAAAAAAGCCUCAAAACGAACAGACACUAUGCGAGGACGCGCUGCUCUCUGCCUAUCCCUCGCGGGACAAGCUCUCGCAGCCCCUGCCCAUGUCCGACGGGCUGAUUGCGCCGAAUUGUCGACGACAACACCCAACUGGAAAUUAUCGAACGCCGCCUCUUCGGACUGGCCCGGUGGUCAGAGUGGUCGAGUCGAGCUCUUCGCCCGCCACGUUCCCACGGGUACCUUGGCCGACUGCGACGUGGAAUACCGCCUAAACGUAGACGGGGAGAUCAUCGACUACGAUCCCACCUCCACCCACGAAUGCCUCAACUUCGGCGCAAGCCCCUUAAACACCACCGUCCAACUCAACAUGGAGACUCUAGUUUUGAGCAUCCAGAGCAGCUGGACUUGCGAAGGGGACGAGAAGACGUAUUCGGCGUCCGGCGAGGCUGCUUUGAAGAGGGACACGUCUCCCGGGGCCUGCUUGGUCGAGCCGUCGCAAGCCGGCGACUCUACCACGUGCCCCAUAGCCGAUGUAGAUGUCGAGGGAAAGCUCGCCGAAGCGUGAGGGUCUUGGAUAGUUGCGUCGAGUAGUGGAUGUCUAGAUACGGGCGUUCUGAGGAUAAAACUACUCUAGAAAAGGAUUUUGGGAUGCGAUUUCAUGAGUCCAACACUCGUUGAAACAUUUAUUUAUAUGAUAGAAUCAAUUGGGGAUAUAUGAUAUUUCGUUGCUCUAAUUUGCGUGUUUAUUGGGACAUUUUGGUGAAUCCUUCGAAAUAUGGGUAAGAACCGUCAUGCGGAAGUAUAGAAAAGGAGGUCAGAUUGCAACAAAAGCUAAACGCAAUGAAAUGUUCGAAUGUUAACGCC